AUGCAGUCGCUCCGCCCUGUACUCCGCUCCGCGCCCAUCGCUGCACGCAUCGCCGCGCGCGCUCCUGCCGCGAGCGUCGCGCGUGUCGCUGUUGCCCAGGCGCAGCCCACGCUUCCCCGCUCGAUCUCGACCUCGUCUGUGGUCCUCAAGGAGGACCGCUCGUGGGUCGACAAGGGGCCCAUCACCUACGAGGAGCUCAAGCCCUACACCGAGACGCCCAGCGGCAAAAUCGACAUUAUCGAUGUCCGUGAGCCGAACGAGGUCGCGCAGGGCAUCAUCCCCUCGGCCGUCAACGUCCCGCUCUCGGAAUUCUCCGCGGCGUUCGACGUGAACAGCGAGUCGGUGUCCUCGACGGACUUUGAGCGCAGGUUCUCGUUCCCGCGUCCUACGUACGACCACGAGAUUGUGUUCUACUGCCGCUCGGGCCGCCGCUCGCAGGAGGCGCUCGAGAUCGCUCGCCAGCGCGGCUGGUGGAACACGCGCAACUACCCUGGCUCGUGGUCCGACUGGGUCAAGCACGAAAAGGAUAACAAGAACGAGGACGACGACUAA